AUGAUCAUAUUACUUACUCCAGAGAAAUAUGCAGAUACAGUCACUGGUGAAAGUAAUGGCACUACAAGUGCUGCUUGUUUUUUGAGUCAUAGUAUGUUCAUUUUUCAUUCUAGAAUUUUCCAAUAUUUUUAG